GAUACGCGGCAACGGCCUGGUCCCGUUCGAGGCGGGCCCGGCAACAAUUCCUGGGACGAAGAUGACGACAUGCCACGUGCGCUUCCCUCUCUUCCACAUCAUCAGCCACGUCAGCUACUUCGUCCAGAACAGCAGCAGCAGCAACAACAGCAGCAGACACGGCAGGCUCCCCCGUUACAGCCACGUAGACCACAGGCUUCGUUAGAAGAACUUCCGCCCUCCCGCGGAAAGCAAAACUCUAGAGACGCGUACGACCCGGAUGAACAGUACGAACCGCGCUACUCGAAUCAGCGCGAUUCGCGGGAUAUGCGGGAGCAACAACCGUACGAUCGAAACAACUGGCAAAGAAACGCGCCGGUGCCAGCUCAGCAGCGGCAGAGCGGCGCCGGCUCGGUUCCGUACAGGCGUCCAGUCCCCCAGCCAGAGUCUGAAACGGAAACUGAAACGGAGGUGGAAACGGAGGCUGAGACGGAAACGGAAUUCGAGACGGAAGUUGAAACAGAGGUUGAAACGGAGGUUGAAACGGAGGCGGAAACAGAGGUAGAAGAGACGGAAACGGAAUUUGAGGAAGAGGAGGAAGAGGAGGAGGAAACGGAAGUGGAGGAAGGGGAGGGUGAAGGAGAGGGAGAGGAGGAGGCGGAGGAGGAGGAUAAAGAGAACAUCCUAGAGCAAGUAUCGGAGCUUUUGAGUCAGAUCGAGGCAAUGAUCGCAGCAGGCCCACACGGUAAACUAGAUGAAUAUCUACCGGUGGUUGAUCUGCUGCUGAACGUGAGGAAGGUGCUGGCGGAGGUGGGGGAGAAGGAGUCGGGGCGGCGGGCGGACAUGCUGCUACGAACCGCCAUGGAGGAUUUGGAUUAUGAAUUGAGAGAUAUUCUCAAGAGGCGCAGCAAGCAAGCUUCUGCGCGCUUCAGUGCAGAGGAGCUGAAGAGGCUGUUCCAGGCGGAGUUCCUACACGGGAGUGGGGAGGCAGCAGGGGAGGGGAGGAUGGUGCAGGGAGGGGCAGGAGGAAAGUGCGUGGAAGCUUACAGGUCUGUGCGGGUGGAGGCAGUUAAAGCCCUAAUGGACGAGCUGAAGCUGGAGGAUGUGCUGAGUCCGGGGGUGAUUCACGAGGCUCCUUGGAGGGUGCUGGAGCAGGCGUCAAAGGAAUGGGUGCAGGCUGCUUAUAUCAUUGGAGCACUAAUAAUCCCCAUGGAGCAUCAGACGGCCAACGAGGCGUGGAAGGGCAUGGACACGCAGAGGCGUGCCGCGCUGCGGGGCGUGCUGGAGGACGGUGGCGUGGGCCGGCGGGUUUUGUUUCUAGCGGACGUGCUGAGAGCCAUCGUGUCGCGGCGAAUGGCAGAGCAGCUGUUCUCGCUGCUGGACGCUUACCAAGUGGUGCAAGAAAUCAUGCAGGAGCUGUCAGCCACCUUCCAGGAUCUGAAAGUCAGCAAUGUGUGGGGGGCGUGUGAGGGCCUGCCACUGUUAUUGGGGCGAGCAGUGGCAGCGUGCUUCCAGCGCCUCAAGCUCUUACUCGAGGACUCAGCAGCGUCCAACCUCGCUGAUGCCAUGAGGAAACCCGUUCCUGCCAAAAAGGCCGCCCUGAGUUUCCUCACUCGCAGCGCCACCAGCAACAGCAGCACAGCUGUCGCACCAGACGAGUCGGUGUAUGAGAUCGUGCCUCGAGGGGGAGCGGUUGACUCUAUCACGAGUUAUGUUGCCAACUAUAUCCGCAGUUAUAUGCAGCGGCAAGGAAGGCGCAGCUAUGUGGACUCCCUCACAUCCCUCUUCUCUCUCCUUGAAGCCCAUCCAGACGAAGACCCAAGCUCCCUCACAGCCGAUUUCGCCCUCCUCUCCCUCCCCGCCUCCUCCUCCCUCUCCCCUCUCGCCUCCUCCAAUCCCAUCGCUGCUGCCGCCGCCGCUGCCACCAUCAACGCCACGUCAGCAUCUGCCAUGUCAGCAAACGGGAGGGCGCCAGGUGUCGGGAGGAGCCUGGAGAGCGAGACAGCUCAGCUGGUGAUGGCGCUAAGGAGAAAUUUAGAGUCCAGAGCAAGGCUUUACCCAGAAGAGGAGCUACAGCAGCUCUUCCUUAUGAACAACCUCAACUAUCUCGUUAAAUCCAUGAACGACUGGCACGGGUGGCAUGCACAAGGCAUUGAGAAGAAUCUCUCUGCUGUGAGAAGGGAGGGCGCCAAGGAUCUCAUGGUGGCGCUGGCAGACCUGCAUGACGACCGGGUGGUGCAGCAGCACGCGGGAGCAUUCCAGUCCCUCGCCCUGCUCAAGGUCAUGACUGCCCUGAGCACCAAUGAGGACGCGGUUCAGCCAACACACAGAACUGCUGCUGAUUAUGUCAAGGCAGAGAUGCAACGUCUAAAGCGGUUCAACUCGGCAUUUGAAGAGCUUCAAGAGAGGCAGACGCACUGGACGAUCCCAGACGAUGGGCUGAGGCGGAAGAUUCGGGCAAAAUGGGCGACGAGCAUCAAGGAGCGGUACAGGAAGAUGCUGCUGCCGUACUGGGAUGACUUGACAUCGUGCAAGUUUUAUGCCUUCACACCAGAAAGAGUAGAAGAGAUCAUUCAGCACACUUUCUUCAUGGACUCUUCUGAUUGA